CCCGCCAAUCCUGAAACCCCCUCCUCUCCCUCUCUCUCUCACUCUCUCUGAGUCUCAAAGUCUCAUCCACACACCUCAGCUCCUCAAGCAAUCAAAGAGAACAAAUCAAAGCCUUAGACUAAUAUGUUUAUCCUAUCAGCUACGCCUUCGCACGCAUUCUUCACAUCAACACCUAGGGUUUCGCUUUCUUUUUUAUCGUCUUCUUCUUCUUCUUCUAGGCUUCGUUCGGUCUCUGUGCGAUUCGGUGCUCGGAGGCCGGUUUUUCCGUGUCCUAUUCAAUCGCUGAAGGUGAGAGCCAUGGCGGAGUUGGUUCAGGACAAGGACUCCGCCGAGAAUAAUGUGGCGUGUUCCGGCGGAGAGAGGAGCCACUCGCACACCUUUCUCGAUGUGAGCACCGAAGAAGAGCUGCUGGCUGGAAUCAGGAAGGAAAGAGAAGAGGGAAGGCUGCCUUCAAAUGUUGCUUCAGGGAUGGAAGUAUUGUACCACAAUUAUAAAAAAGCAGUUUUCCAAAGUGGAAAUCCAAGGGCUGAUGAAAUAGUGUUGUCAAAUAUGGCUGUUGUAUUAGAUCGUGUAUUCUUUGAUGUUGAGGAUCCUUUUGUCUUCUCACCAUAUCACAAAGCACUGCGAGAGCCUUUUGACUACUAUACGUUUGGUCAAAAUUAUAUCCGUCCUUUAGUUGAUUUCAGAAAUUCAUAUGUAGGCAACAUUUCGCUUUUCAAUGAAAUUGAAGAGAAGCUUCAGAAGGGUCACAAUAUUGUCUUGAUGUCAAACCACCAAACUGAAGCAGACCCAGCUAUCAUUGCAUUGUUGCUGGAAGCAACAAACCCUCAUAUUGCUGAAAGCAUGACCUAUAUAGCAGGGGAUAGAGUUCUAAUAGAUCCUCUUUGCAAGCCCUUCAGUAAGGGAAGGAAUCUUCUUUGUGUGUACUCGAAAAAGCACAUGCAUGAUGUUCCUGAGCUUGUUGAGAUGAAAAAGAAAGCAAACACACGAAGUUUGAAGGAAAUGGCUUUGCUUCUAAGGGGUGGAUCACAAAUAAUAUGGAUUGCACCAAGUGGUGGGAGGGACCGACCAGAUCCUCAUACAAAAGAAUGGUAUCCAGCACCCUUUGAUGCUUCUUCAGUGGACAAUAUGAGAAGGCUUACCGAACAUUCUGGUGCCCCCGGGCAUAUAUAUCCAAUAGCAUUGUUGUGCAAUGACAUAAUGCCCCCUCCACUCCAGGUAGAAAAAGAAAUUGGAGAGGAAAGAGUCAUCUCCUUUCAUGGAGUUGGAUUAUCAGUGUCACCAGGCAUCAGCUUCUCUGAAAUUGCCGCGGCCUGUGGAAACCCUGAAGAGCAGGCUAAGGACGCAUACACACAAGCGCUUUAUAAUUCCGUGACUGAGCAAUACAAUGUGCUCAAUUCUGCUAUACAUGGCAAACAAGGACCAGAGGCAUCUAUACCAAGUGUCUCUUUGUCACAACCAUGGAAUUAGUGAACCUUUACAAUCAGGCUAGGACCUUUCGUUUAAACAUAAUUUUGCAACUCAACCUAAUGCCCGCUGGCCCUACGAAACCAGGGUGCAGUGAGAGAGGAAGCCUAUCUCUUCAUGUUCAUUGAUGACUUGAAAAUCAUGCCAUCUAUCACCUGGUCUUUUUCUGUGCAUGCCUCAGUGGAACUGUCAGAAAUUCAAUUUUGCAGGCAUCUGUCACUAGAGGGAAAGUUCAAUUUCAGGUGCUGGCUGUACAGCUUAUAAAAAUAAAAUAAAGAAAGAAAGAAAAAGGUUUCGGCUGUCUUACAUCAUUGUAAGGAGACUUGAGACCGCUGUUGAUAGGCAAUUUAGGUGUAUAUUUUGCUCAAAUUUUGUCAUUUCCCGUAUUCAGACUAAUUGCUCAAUUCUCCUUAUUUCUCUUUGAAUUAAAAUAUCUUGAACUUUUCCCAAUAAAGCCAUACACCUGGAAACAUUUGAAA